CUGAAAUCCGUCCUUCGUUUUCACUCAAACUCCCCACAGAAACAGGGGAGAGGGAGACAAUCGUUCGUUCGUUUUCCAUUCAACUCCCCCCUAGAAAAGGGAGACCCUUCGCCUUUUUCAACGCGCCCUUUAAAAACUUGAAGGGCUUCAUCUUCGAAUUCACCUUCGACACCACCAUAACAGAGAGGGGGGGAGAGGGAGAUGGGCAUCGGAGGAGAUGAGAUGGGGAAGGAACAGAGACCCAGGAUCCUGUGCCUCCACGGCUUCAGGACCAGCGGGGAGAUUUUGAAGAAGCAGGUCCUCAAGUGGCCCGACUCCGUCCUCCGCGACGUCGACCUCGUCUUCCCCGACGGCCCUUUCCCCGCGCAGGGCAAGUCCGACGUCGAAGGCAUCUUCGACCCUCCCUACUUCGAGUGGUUCCAGUUCAACAAGGAAUUCACGGAGUACACCAAUUUCGACGAGUGCCUCGCUUACAUCGAAGAUCUCAUGAUCAAGCAAGGACCUUUCGAUGGUCUCCUGGGUUUCUCACAGGGGGCGAUGUUGUCGGCGGCGCUUCCAGGGCUUCAGGCGAAGGGAGUGGCACUGACGAAGGUGCCAACGAUCAAAUUCCUUAUAAUCAUCGGAGGGGCCAAGUUGAAGUCGCCAUCGGUGGCUGAGACAGCAUAUGCUUCUCCCAUACAAUGCCCGUCUCUCCACUUUUUAGGAGAGACUGAUUUUCUGAAGCCAUAUGGGUUAGAACUGUUGGAGUCGUGUGUGGAUCCUUUCGUAGUUCAUCAUCCCAAAGGCCACACCAUUCCCAGGCUUGAUGAAAAGGGAUUGGAGACAACGACGAGGUUCCUCGACAGGAUUCGGGACGUGUUGGCAGGGGAUGAAGAACAGUAAUCGACCACCAUUGGGCGAUUUUACUAUAGAGAUUUACGAGUCUUGUUUGCUCUACUCAGAUGCCUUAAUAGUUUAAGCAUCUAUUCAUGAUCCAAACUUUGGUCAUUUCAUAAGUUCUGUACGUUUGACAUUCAAAUGUAGCUCAAUAGGUCGGAUCUAGGUUCAGAGCCUGAACUACAUGCAUGCACUGUAACCGAUAGAUGAUCGCGGCGUCCAGGUUCCACACCCUUAAUGACCAAGCGAGUGAUGCUAGGUAUAUCAGCCGUGCGUAUUCUCCACGAGCUGAUUUAUUAGUGUUAAUUCGGUCAUUGACAAUAAAUCUGAAGUCGUUCUUAUCUGUUUCAAUGUG